GAGUCUAAAGUCGCCGACGAGCGAGGGACGCUGAGGUUUCGGAGUCAGGGGAAAGGAAGCAAAGGAGGUUUGGAGAGGCGCCCAGUGAGCUCAGCAGGUUGACAUUUUCAGGCUCUUCCCGGGUCUGCUUUUAAUUUAUAAAUCUGGUGGAGUCGCGGGCGUGUCUCUUCGGAGCUCGAAGGGGGUGACCAGUUCUGAACGGUGUGAGUCCUCCAUCGAGUCAGCUCCGAGCCUGGGCUCACUCUGCAGGUACUGCCACAGCUUCCCAUCGCAGCCCCCGAGCCACAGUCCCGCUACCUCCCACCUCCCACUGUGGGGCAAGUCAGCGGCGGGCACCAACCACUCUCCCCAGCCUGGCCCUGAAAUGACCAGAGAGUGAAAACUGAGACAAUACCUCGGACUCUCCCGCCCGGCAACUGAGGGGUCACGCACCUACCACCUAGUUGCAAAAAUGGCUCAACUGCAUGGUUUGCUAUUGAUCACAGUCUUCAGUCUAAUUUCUUUCACUCAAGCGCAACAGGAUGACAGAACAGUUGCUGCUGACAUAGUCUUUCUAGUGGAUACCUCCUGGAGCAUCGGCCAGGAAAAUUUCCAAUAUGUGCGAGAGUUUCUAUACAGGGUUAUAAAGGCUUUUGAGAUUGGAGAAAACAGAUUCCGGUUUGGCCUGGUACAGUACAGCGAGAAGCCACAAACAGAGUUCCAUUUAAACACACAUUUUACGAAGCAGGACAUCUUAUUUCAUAUAUGGAACAUGUCCUAUAAGGGGGGAGGCACAAAAACUGGACUAGCGCUAGAAUAUCUAAUGAAGGAUCAGCUCAGUAGAGCCAACGGGAGUAGAGCGGAACAAGGAGUGCCGCAGAUUAUUAUAGUGUUAACAGACGGACGAUCUCAGGAUGAUGUAAUUCCUCCGUCUGCUUCCCUUAAGUCAGCUGAAGUUAUAAUUUUUGCUAUUGGAAUUCACCAAGCGGUUGAAUGGGAGUUAAAGGAGAUUGCGAGUCAACCUCAUGAGAGGUUUGUUUAUCACCUCGAUGACUUUGCCGCACUUAAAGGCAUUGUAAACGACUUAGUGACAAGUGUACAUACGGCUGCAGCGUACCCAUUAUCUGAUGGGAUAAUAAAAGACACUACAGCGGAAGAAGCGGCUGACCUCAUUUUCUUAAUUGAUGGAUCAGUCAACGUUGGAAGCGGCAAUUUUCAAUAUAUACGCGAUUUUAUCGUAAAUUUCAUCGACAGUCUCGAGAUCGGCCCUGACAAAAUCCAAAUCGGUGUGGUACAAUACAGCGAUGAGCCCAGCACAGAGUUUUAUUUUAAUACAUAUUCCACGAAAACAGAGGUCCUGGAUGCUGUGAAGCAACUUCAACCAAAAGGCGGUGAUGAAAUAAAUACUGGUGAAGCCGUGCAAUUUCUAAUCGACAAUCACUUUAUUUCAUCAUCCGGCAGCAGGGUAUCAGAAGGGGUCCCACAGGCAGUAAUUAUUAUCACUUCUAGUGAGUCCAGUGAUGAUAUAAAUCAGGCAGAACUCUUACUAAAGCAAGGUAGUAUAUACUCAUUUUCUAUUGGAGGUCGGGAUGCCGACUCUAAUGAACUCGUACAGCUUGCAACUGACACAUCCUUUUCUUCCAUGAUCUCGGAUUUCCGCAAUAUUGCUAACUUGCAGCAGCAGUUUUUACCAUUGGUCUCAGGAGUGGCUCGAAGGGAAAUAAUUCUCGAGCCUCUGGUUAUUAGCGAAGUUCAAGACAGGAGGAGAGACAUAGUAUUUCUGAUCGAUGGCAGCACAGCAGUUGGACAGCAAAACUUUUUGCGAAUCCGUGAAUUUAUCAUGAAAAUAGCUAACAAAUUUCAAAUUGGACCAAAUAACGUACGAAUUGCUGUGGUGCAGUACAGCGAUGAUCCAACCACUGAGUUUUACUUGAAUUCCUACUCAAGCAAAGCUGAUCUACAAGUCAAAUUAAAGGCAUUGCGACCAAGAGGUGGAUCAAACCUUAAUAUUGGGGCUGCUUUGAGUUUUGUCCACAGAAAUCAUUUUAUCGAAUCUGCAGGAAGUAGAAAAGAGGAAGGUGUUCCUCAAUUUCUGGUGCUUGUCGCCUCUAGACCAUCUACAGAUAGUAUUCGUCUCCCUGCAUUAGACUUGAAGCAAGCUGCUAUAAUGACUUUUGCCGCUGGAGUGCAGAAUGCAAAUCAAGCAGAGAUGCAGGAAAUUGCAUUUCACCCAACUUUGGCAUUUGAAUUGGCCAAUGCUGUAGAGUUGGUCAAAAGGCACAAAGAGAUACAAUCAAAAUUAGCCUCACUUGGUCCUCCAACAGUGAUUACAGAACCUCCAACUGUCAUCGAAGUUGUAACAGAAGUAGUGAACAAGAGAGACAUUGUGUUCCUUAUUGAUGGAUCAGAUAAUGUUGGAAGUACAUAUUUCCCUGUUCUCCGUGACUUCAUUGGCAACAUAAUUGAAGCCCUUAGCAUUGGAGCUGACAAAGUACAAGUAGCAGUGGUGCAGUACAGUGAUAAUGCUCAAGCUGCUUUCUACCUAAAUAGUUACUCGAGAAAGGACGAACUUCUGUCCCAUGUCAACGGACUCCGUCUAAAAGGCGGCAGGACUCUUAACACCGGUGCAGCGUUGGACUAUGUUUAUAAAAACAUGUUCAGCAAAUCUACCGGAAGUAGGAAAGAGGAUGGUGUUCCCCAGAUACUGGUGAUUGCUACAGCUGGAAAGUCUCAGGAUGAUGUGAGAACACCUGCAGAAGCCCUGGCACGAGGAGGCAUUCUCACUAUUGCUGUUGGAAUCAACAGGGCAGAAGCGGCAGAGCUGCAGCGCAUUACAUUCAGUGAAAAUCUGGCUUAUCGUGUGAAUGACUUUAACGCCUUGGAUACCAUCCGACAAGCAGUGACAUCAUCUGCUAAACACCUGAUAUUUGGAGGAAUCAGUGAAACUACAGCCAUGAAAAGAGACAUUGUCUUCCUGAUCGAUGGCUCUCCUGGAAUGGGACAAUCAUUGAGUCAAGUCCGUGAGUUUCUAAGUAGAGUAAUCGAGGUGCUCGAUAUUGGGCCUGACAAAGAUAAAAUUGCUGUGGUACAAUAUGGUUCUGGCCAAAGGAUUGAGUUUGGACUGGACGCUUAUUUAAACAAAGCCGAGGUUCUGGAAGCCAUAAAAAAUCUCGAGCCAAAAUCAGGAAGGCCCCGUAACACUGGUGCUGCACUGGAGUUUGUUACAAAGAAUAUCUUCAGUGCAUCUGCGGGGAGCAGAAAGGAAGCUGGGGCCACUCAAAUCCUGGUGCUCAUCACCGCUGGGAAAUCCUCAGAUAAUAUUCAACCUCAUGCAGAUGAAGCAAAAAUGGCUCACAUUGUGCCUAUUGCCAUUGGGGCCAAGAGUGCAGACACGUCAGAGCUGCAAAAGAUUGUACACGAUCCAACGUUUGUUUUAACAAUGAGAGACUUCCGAGAUCUAUCAACCAUUCAGCAAGAGCUGUUGUCCAAAAUGAGAACGGUGAUAAUUCAGCCAGUACCUGAAGAUACUGUUAAGAGAGAUGUUGUGUUCCUUAUUGAUGGAUCAGAAAACGCCAGGGCUGCUUUCCCUUCAGUUCAAAAAUUCAUUUCUAGAAUGGUGGAUAACCUUGACAUUGGAAGUGACCAAGUCCGGGUUGGUGUGGUUCAGUACAGCGAAAAUCCCAGACCCAUCUUCUACUUGAACAGCUACACCACAAAACGGGAUCUGAAGGAUGCAAUAAAUGGUCUCAGGCAAAUAGGAGGGCGUCAGGCCAACACCGGUGCAGCCUUGGACUAUGUUAAAAAUAACGUCUUUACUCAGCCUGCUGGAGGCAGAGCAGAGGAAGGUGUCCCCCAGUUCCUGAUCCUUCUCACUGCCAGCAAGUCGACCGAUGAUGUUGGUGGGGCAGCAUUAGCUCUGAAAGAGGCCGGUGUAGCACCUUUCACUAUUGGAUCACGAGAUGCAGAUGACCGUGAACUCCAACAGAUUUCACUGUCCCCUAAUUAUGUUUUCAAGGUAAAUGACCUGCGGGAUGUGGAAACACUACAACAACGUCUGGAGUCACCAUUAACAACACUGGACAAGGAUCGGAUAACCAUUAUUCAGACAGCUGUCACUAGAGAUGCUCUUAAGAGAGAUGUUGUGUUCCUUGUUGAUGGAUCAGAGAGAGUUGGAGCGGCUUUCCCUUCAGUUCAAAAAUUCAUUUCCAGAGUGGUGGAUAACCUUGACAUUGGAAGUGACCAAGUCCGGGUUGGUGUGGUGCAGUACAGCGAUAAUCCCAGACCCAUCUUCUACUUGAACAGCUACACCACAAAACGGGAUCUGAAGGAUGCGAUAAACGGUCUCAGGCAAAUAGGAGGGCGUCAGGCCAACACCGGUGCAGCCUUGGACUAUGUUAAAAAUAACGUCUUUACUCAGCCUGCUGGAGGCAGAGCAGAGGAAGGUGUCCCCCAGUUCCUGAUCCUUCUCACUGCCAGCAAGUCGACCGAUGAUGUUGGUGGGGCAGCAUUAGCUCUGAAAGAGGCCGGUGUAGCACCUUUCACUAUCGGAUCAGGAGAAGCAGAUGACCGUGAACUCCAACAGAUUUCACUGUCCCCUAAUUAUGUUUUCAAGGUAAAUGACCUGCGGGAUGUGGAAACACUACAGCAACGUCUGGAGUCACCAUUAACAACACUGGACAAGGAGCAGAUUGCUGAUAUUCAGAUAAUUGUAACUGAUGAUGCUGUUAAGAGAGAUGUUGUGUUCCUUGUUGAUGGAUCAGAGAGUGUCAGAGGUGCUUUCCCUUCAGUUCAAAAAUUCAUUUCCAGAAUGGUGGAUAACCUUGACAUUGGAAGUGACCAAGUCCGGGUUGGUGUGGUGCAGUACAGCGAUAAUCCCAGACCCAUCUUCUACUUGAACAGCUACACCACAAAACGGGAUCUGAAGGACGCGAUAAACGGUCUCAGGCAAAUAGGAGGGCGUCAGGCCAACACCGGUGCAGCCUUGGACUAUGUUAAAAAUACCGCCUUUACACGAUCUGCUGGAGGCAGAGCAGAGGAAGGUGUCCCCCAGUUCCUGAUCCUUCUCACUGCCAGCAAGUCGAACGAUGAUGUUGGCCAGGCAGCAUUAGCUCUGAAAGAGGCCGGUGUAGCACCUUUUACUAUCGGAUCAGGAGAAGCAGAUGACCGUGAACUCCAACAGAUUUCACUGUCCCCUAAUUAUGUUUUCAAGGUAAAUGACCUGCGGAAUGUGGAAACACUACAACAAAGUCUGGAAUCACCAUUAACAACACUGGACAAGGAGCAGAUAACACAAAUUCGGUUGACUGUACCUGACGAUACUGUUAAGAGAGAUGUUGUGUUCCUUGUUGAUGGAUCAGAGAGAGUCAGAGCUGCUUUCCCUUCAGUUCAAAAAUUCAUGUCCAGAGUGGUGGAUAACCUUGACAUUGGAAGUGACCAAGUCCGGGUUGGUGUGGUGCAGUACAGCGAUAAUCCCAGACCCAUCUUCUACUUGAACAGCUACACCACAAAACGGGAUCUGAAGGAUGCGAUAAACGGUCUCGGGCAAAUAGGAGGGCGUCAGGCCAACACCGGUGCAGCCUUGGACUAUGUUAAAAAUAACGUCUUUACUCAGCCUGCUGGAGGCAGAGCAGAGGAAGGUGUCCCCCAGUUCCUGAUCCUUCUCACUGCCAGCAAGUCGACCGAUGAUGUUGGUCGGGCAGCAUUAGCUCUGAAAGAGGCCGGUGUAGCACCUUUCACUAUCGGAUCAGGAGAAGCAGAUGACCGUGAACUCCAACAGAUUUCACUGUCCCCUAAUUAUGUUUUCAAGGUAAAUGACCUGCGGAAUGUGGAAACACUACAACAAAGUCUGGAGUCACCAUUAACAACACUGGACAAGGAUCGGAUAACUGCAAUUCAGACAGCUGUCACUAGAGAUGCUGUUAAGAGAGAUGUUGUGUUCCUUGUUGAUGGAUCAGAGAGAGUCAGAGGUGCUUUCCCCUCAGUUCAAAAAUUCAUUUCCAGAGUGGUGGAUAACCUUGACAUUGGAAGUGACCAAGUCCGGGUUGGUGUGGUGCAGUACAGCGAAAAUCCCAGACCCAUCUUCUACUUGAACAGCUACACCACAAAACGGGAUCUGAAGGAUGCGAUAAACGGUCUCAGGCAAAUAGGAGGGCGUCAGGCCAACACCGGUGCAGCCUUGGACUAUGUUAAAAAUAAUGUCUUUACUCAGCCUGCUGGAGGCAGAGCAGAGGAAGGUGUUCCCCAGUUCCUGAUCCUUCUCACUGCCAGCAAGUCGACUGAUGAUGUUGGUCGGGCAGCAUUAGCUCUGAAAGAGGCCGGUGUAGCACCUUUCACUAUCGGAUCAGGAGUAGCAGAUAACCGUGAACUCCAACAGAUUUCACUGUCCCCUAAUUAUGUUUUCAAGGUAAAUGACCUGCGGAAUGUGGAAACACUACAACAAAGUCUGGAGUCACCGUUAACAACACUGGACAAGGAGCAGAUAACACAAAUUCGGUUGACUGUACCUGACGUUUCAGAUGCAGAUAAGAAAGAUAUUGUCUUUCUUGUGGAUGGAUCAGUGAGAGUCAGAGGUGUUUUCCCUUCAGUUCAAAAAUUCAUUUCCAGAGUGGUGGAUAACCUUGACAUUGGAAGUGACCAAGUCCGGGUUGGUGUGAUGCAGUACAGCGAUAAUCCCAGACCCAUCUUCUACUUGAACAGCUACAUCACAAAACGGGAUCUGAAGGAUGCAAUAAACGGUCUCAGGCAAAUAGGAGGGCGUCAGGCCAACACCGGUGCAGCCUUGGACUAUGUUAAUAAUAAUGUCUUUACUCGGUCUGCUGGAGGCAGAGCAGAGGAAGGUGUCCCCCAGAUCCUGAUCCUUCUCACUGCCAGCAAGUCGACCGAUGAUGUUGGUCGGGCAGCAUUAGCUCUGAAAGAGGCCGGUGUAGCACCUUUCACUAUCGGAUCAGGAGAAGCAGAUGACCGUGAACUCCAACAGAUUUCACUGUCCCCUAAUUAUGUUUUCAAGGUAAAUGACCUGCGGAAUGUGGAAACACUACUACAACGUCUGGAGUCACCGUUAAGAACACUGGACAAGGAUCAGAUAAUCAGACUCCAGAAAAAAGUGUUGGGAGAUGCUGCUAGGAGAGAUAUUGUGUUCCUCAUUGAUGAGUCAGACAAAGUCAAAGAUGCUUUUCCAUCAGUUCAGAGAUUCGUUUCUACUGUUGUGGACAAUCUUAAUGUUGAAGGUGACAAAGUCCGAGUUGGUGUUGCAAAGUACAGUGAAGAUCCCAGAAUUGACUUCCUCUUAAAUGCCUUUACAACAAAAGAUGAUGUGAAGAAAGCAAUAAGAAAUCUCAGGUGUAAAGGAGGCAGACAAGUCAACACUGGCAAAGCUUUGGAUCAUGUCAAAAAGAAUGUGUUCAAUAUUUCGGCUGGCAGUAGAGCACAGGAAAACGUGCCCCAGUUCUUGGUCCUAAUCACUGCCAGCAAGUCCUCUGAUGAUGUUGGUCAGGCAGCAUUAGCUCUGAAAGAGGCUGGUGUAGCACCUUUCGCUAUCGGAUCAAGAGAUGCAGAUGACCGUGAACUCCAAGAGAUUGCACUGUCCCCUAAUUAUGUUUUUAAUGUUAAUGAUCUAAGGAAUGUGGAUACACUCCAACAGCAGCUUCGUUCACCACUGACAACAUUGAAUAAAACUCAAAUAACCCAAAUCAUAGCAGAUGAAGCUAAAGUUCUGGAUCCUGACAAGAAAGACAUUGUGUUCCUGAUUGAUGGAUCCAGUGGUGUUGGGGGACCACAAUUCGCCCACAUUCGCGAUUUUGUCUCCAGCAUAGUUGGAAGCCUUAAUGUUGGACCCAACAAGGUCCGCGUUGGUUUGGCACAAUUCAGCAACACUCCAAAAACAGAGUUUCUGUUGAAACAACACAUGAAUAAACGUGGCCUUCAAGAGGCUAUCAGGCGAAUCAGACCGAAAGGUGGGGCUCCACUUAACACUGGCAAAGGAUUGGACUUUGUUUUGAAAAAUCACUUCAUCGGAUCAUCAGGAAGCAGACAGCAGGAAGGUGUUCCCCAGUAUCUAAUAGUCAUUACUGGAGACAAUCCUAAAGAUGAUGUCCGCCCUUAUUUAGGCUUAUUAAAACGUUCAGGAAUUAAUGUUUUCAGUGUGGGUGGAAGGAAUGCUGAUCCAGAUGAACUUGAACGAAUCACAACUCUUCCUUAUGCUACUUACAAAGUAAAUAACUUCCAAGAUCUGAAAGGUAUGCAAGGCAGACUGGUCCAGCGUUUGUUGAUGGUAGAUCCUGCAAUAUAUCAACCAGAACCUCCUACUGAAGCCUUGCCACAGAAAAGAGCGGAUAUUGUGUUUAUCUUGGAUGGAUCCAUUAACAUUGGAAGACAGAAUUUCCCCCGUCUCACAGAGUUUGUUUCCAAUGUAGUCGAUGCCAUCCAUGUUGAUGAUGGAUCAAUCCAGGUGGGAGUUGUUCAGUACAAUUCCGAUGUGAUUGAUGAAUUUUUCUUCAAAACUUACCGGACAAGGAAUGAUGUCCUCAACGCUAUUCCGAAUAUUCAGUUCAAGGGGGGCAGGUCACUAAACACUGGAGCAGCCUUGAGACAUGUUAAAAACAACCACUUCGUUAAAUCAGCAGGGAGUAGGGUUGAAGAAGGAGUCCCACAAAUUGCUUUCCUGCUAAUUGGUGGCAAGUCAAAUGAUGACGCAAUAGCAGCUGCAAGGGAGCUAAAGAAUGCUCGAUUCAAAAUCUUCACUGUGGGAAUGCAGAAUGCAGACAUGCAGGAGAUCUCUGACAUUGCAAGUGAACAAGCUGGCGUUUUCAGAGUGGCUGACAUGUCCGAGCUCUCUGAAUUGACCGAGCAAGUGUUAUUAGCCACAGCCGAUGUCAUGGACGGUGAACUGUGCCCGAAAAUGCCUGAAGUUGUAAAAGAGUGCAAUGUUGAUGUUUUGCUUGGAUUUGACGUCAGUAGAGUUGGUUCAGGAAACGAUGUUUUUGCGACGCAGAGAGGUUUCCUGUCCAAAGCAGGAGAUGUACUCCAAAGAAUUUCACAGUUGCGAACCAUAAGCUGCACUGGCACACAGUCACCUAACGUAAGAGUUGGGGUCACAGUUUUCGAUGAACGUGGCCAAAGACAUGUCAUUGAUUUGGUCGACUAUCACCCCGGAAUAAUGACGCAGUUCAGUGAUCUAAGAAGUUCUGGUCCAUACGUCUUAAGUGGUGGAACAUUCGAUGCAUACAAGGAGACUUUUCAAUCUGACAGUUCCAACCGUGUAAAGGUUAUUAUCCAUUUCACUGAUGGUAUAGAUGACAACUUUUCUCAAUUAAAACGUCAGGCCGAAAAGCUACGGAGAGAAGGUAAUGUACAUGCACUGAUCAUCGUAUCUUUGGAAGCAGCAACAGGGGUUGAUGAGGUUUCAUUGUUGGAAUUUGGGCGAGGUUAUAGGUACAGACGACCUCUUUCAAUCAACCAGCUGGAUUUAGAAUAUGAACUAGCAGAAGAACUCGAUAAUAUUGCAGAGAGAGUGUGCUGUGGUGUCCCAUGUAAGUGUGCUGGUCAAGCAGGAGACAAAGGACCUCAGGGAUUACGUGGACUCAAGGGUGUUCCAGGACUUAAAGGUAUUAUGGGUCACCCAGGUGAUGAAGGUGGAGUAGGUGAAAGAGGUCCAUCAGGUAUAAAUGGAACUCAAGGGUUCCAAGGAUGUCGAGGACAGAGUGGAAUUAAGGGUAGCCGUGGAUACCCUGGCGAGAAGGGUCAACUGGGAGAAAUUGGUCUUGAUGGAAUAGAUGGGGAACAGGGUACAAAUGGAGCACUAGGAGCAGCAGGAGAAAAAGGCAACAUAGGAGACUGGGGAACGAAAGGAGUGAAAGGUGGAAAAGGUGAAAGGGGUGAUAUUGGCUAUCGAGGUGACCCGGGUGAACCAGGAAUCAUGAACAUUCAGAAAGGAGACAAAGGGCAGAGGGGUGACAUGGGCUUGGUGGGAGAACCUGGUAACAGUGGCCGUCCAGGAUCAUCUGGAGCAAAUGGGCGCAGGGGAUCACAGGGCCGCAGAGGACCACCAGGAACAAGAGGUUCAAAAGGCAAUCCAGGAACUCGUGGACCUCCAGGAAUUGCAGGGUUUAGAGGACAACAAGGCACACCUGGAUCCUCUGGAAUCCCAGGCCAAGAAGGUGGAAGUGGCAUUCGAGGGCCCAGGGGAAUUGCUGGUCCUGGUGGACCUCCUGGUUCAAGAGGAAGACGAGGGCAAAGUGGAAGAAAGGGUGAACCUGGAAAUCCUGGUGAAAAGGGUGAAUUUGGACCAACAGGUCCACGUGGUGAAAUGGGUGAGGAUGGAAGAACUGGCACUGGCGUUACUGGACCUAAAGGCAGACAGGGUGAGCCAGGCCCUGUUGGUCCCCUAGGUACAAAGGGUGAAAUCGGAGAUGAGGGCACUCCAGGGAGAGGUGGGAUGAAAGGAAAUCGAGGUCAAAGGGGCUAUCCUGGAGCUCCUGGUGAAAGUGGACUGAAAGGGGAAGAAGGUUUUCCAGGUCCACAGGGUCUAAAGGGAGAGAGAGGAAAGUCCGUAGAGACAUGCAACCUUGUAAAACAGAUCAAAGAGUCAUGCCCAUGUUGUUAUGGUUCAACAGAGUGCCCUGUAUAUCCAACUGAGCUGGCCUUUGUGAUCGAUACUUCCAAUAUUAAAACCGCCAGUCAGCUCAAUCAGAACAAGAAUACUAUCCUGAACAUAGUUAGAAAUCUGACCAUUGUGGAAAGCAACUGCCCAAAGGGAGCACGUGUCGCCGUCCUGACAUACAACAGUGGUAUAGUCACUGAAAUCCGUUUUAGCAGUGCUAGGAACAAGCGAGACCUCAUCACACAGAUUGAAAAUCUGCAGUUUGUGCCAUCAAGGAAAGAGUCCAGCAUUGCUGAUGCAAUGAACUUUGUAGCAAGGAACACAUUCAAGCGUGUGCGGAGUGGGUUUUUGAUGAGAAAGAUGGCGAUAUUCUUCAGUGACGGUCAAACAAAACCUAAAGAGCUAAAUGAUGCUAUCUCAAAACUAGCAAAUGAGAAUAUCAUCUCCGUCUACCUUUCUCCCAAAGAAGAUAAUGUACUCAGGAGGGCAUUGCAGAGAAAUGAUGCCGGGCUUUCGCAGUUCUUCAUUUUCCGCAAUGACGAAGCAACACUCAACAAGGUGAUGGCAUGCCACGUUUGUUUAGACUUUUGUGAACCGAAUGGAGUCUGUGAUGCCAGAUUUUUCCGAAGCAAAAGGUCGACAAAACCCACUGAUGCAGAUCUCGACGUUGCAUUCAUCAUGGAAAGCUCUGCAACUACCAGCCCAAACCAGUUUAUAGAGACAAAGAGAUAUCUUUCUUACGUGAUAGAUCACUUGGAGAUUAGCGCAGAGCCUUUAACAUCAAACCAUAAAGCCAGGGUUGCUGUAGUACAACAUGCACUGUAUAAUUCCCAGACGAAUAAUAGUCUGGAGCAAGUGAAAGUGGAUUUAUCCCUUACUGAUUACAACUCCAGUAAGGACAUCAUAGAAUACGUCCACAACAGGAUGACUCAGCUUGAAGGGACAAGAGCAACAGCACAUGCAGUCGAAUGGACCAUCAAAAACAUUUUUGGGAAAGCCCCUCAACCAAGGCAACUCAAGCUCAUUGUUCUGAUAACCACAGGAAAUCUUCCAGAAGCUGAGCGAGAAAGGCUGGUAGCAAUUGUCACUGAAGCCAAGUGCAAAGGCUUCUUCUUUGUCAUAUUCACCAUUGCCAAGGAAUCUAUCGAAAAUAAUCUGAUUUACCUGGCAAGUGCCCCUCAAGACGUGUACUUCAGGCCAAUUAAUGACUUCUCAGAGCUCCACAGUGAAGAGUUACUCAGGUUUGGACGUCAACUCCCCAAGUACAUCAAUGCUGAGAAUGGGCUUCAUCUUCCUCCUGAGCUGCAGAGACAUUGCGGAUUAUUCCAAAGUGACCAGCCCAGCAGUGAAGCAUUCGGAGAGUCUCCCAAACAACACACAAAAGACUUGCCAGCCACCUCAGAAAAACUUAAAGGCUUGGAAUUAUCGAGCUUCAGUGUCACAGAAGACAGCAUUGUCCUACACGUGGCCCAGACUGAACCUCAACACAUUGAUAAUUAUGAGGUUACUGUGGUCAAAGUGAGCGAGAACCUUCUUGUGUCGAAGACAAACGUCAGUGAUCCUGUGAUCAUGCUAAAAGAUCUGGAAAGUGGGGAGGAAUAUAAUAUCAUUGUGAUAGGAUUCUAUCAGUCUAAGGCAAAAGCUACUUAUGAUGGAACAUUUACAACCAAAAAAAAUGUCGAAACCACACCUGAUCUCCAGUCUAUGGAACCAUUAGAGCACCCAGAAACGGAUCGGUGCAUGCUGGAUUUUGACGUUGGAUCGCAGUGCUUAGAGUAUAGUGCAAAAUGGUUCUUUGACAGCAAAAACAACAUCUGCACUCAGUUCUGGUAUGGCGGCUGUGACGGUAAUGGUAAUAGGUUUGACACAGAAGCUGAGUGCAUUACAGAAUGCACAAAAACAAUACUAGAAGAAAACAUACCAGAACCCAAGCCUGCAGGAAUCACAUUGUCAGUUAAUGAUAUAUGUCAACUACGUCGGGAUGAGGGAAAUUGCCGAAAUUUUUCUCUUAAGUGGUACUAUGAUGUAAAGACUAAAACGUGCACACGGUUCUGGUAUGGUGGAUGCAAUGGAAAUGCAAACAGGUUCAAUACGCAGGAUGAAUGUACAAAGGCAUGUGCUGAAGGACUGAUUCAAACCAGAAUGGUAACUUCAAUGGGAACGUAAGUGAAAUGGAACCUACGCCCUACAUAUACCUCUGAUCGGAGCCAGCGUCUACAGGCUGCCAUCAAUCCCAAUAUGCUAAAGGUUCAACAGAUACCUUGCACUGUAUUUCCAAUAGCUUUCAUUAAUCAAAUGUUGAAGAGUUUGAAAUCUUUUAAAGCUGCAUGUUAUAAUGGUGCUAUCUUUGAGUCUGGGUGCUAACUUUAUGUGGACAUAAUGUGUCCACUUUUGCAUACAUAGACAUCUAUACAGCUUGUUACUCUUGUCUGUUUGUUUUACAUUUUCUCAUACUUAAUACGAACAUUUCUAACCUUCACAUCACUUAAUUGUAAAAAAAAAUUGUAACUGACUAAGUGGCACUAUAAUAAUUUUUUAUAUAAAAAUACAUGAUUUACACAGAACAAAAUCUUAUACGAAUCACUUUGGGACAAAAUUAUAUUAAAACAAGCUUUCAUUGUAUGUAUAUGCUUUGAACUUUUUUAAAAGGAGGGUGAAUUAUUACAGUGUUAGUUCACUAGCUGAAAUGAGACAUAUACCCACAAGACAUGUAAAAAUUCAACAUGUGGAUACUCAAUUGCAAAAGUAACCUAAAAAAAAUUUCUCUUAUUCAAGAAAGUUUUACAGUGAGAUUUUAAAAGAGUUGCUCUAUCUUGUUAAAAAUUUCUCCCUGUACUGGCUCUCAUGAGGAAAAAUUGUAAUUUAAUGUACUUUGUAAACGUUUCUAAUUUUGGAAUUGUGAUGGAUUAUGUACAUAUAAGCAAUUUCCAAUCGUGAGCUAUUUGGCACCUUGAAAAGACAACAUAAGAACCCUUUUAGCAAUACUACUGGGAUUAAACUUUAAUCUAGUUUACUUUCAAUUCCUAGGCUUUAAUGUAUCAAUCAUUUGUAAGGUGUUGUAUUUUUAUGACAUUGUUAUAUUGUAAGACUUUAAUAAAGAUAGAAAUGAGAAACUUUCUAAUAAAAUGGUUCUUAAACUUGGAAA